GAGCCUUAAUAAGCAAGCGGAAGUGUUCCGCCUCACGUGACAAGGGUAUCUGGAUGGUGGCGGUGGUGUCCUAUGACACGUGACGUGGUGCGCUCUCGCUGCUCACCUGGCGAGUCCCUAGGCACGUGACCAGCUCCAGGUGUGCGUGUGUGUGCGCGCUGAGGCGGCGCCUGCCAGGAGGCGUGGUCAACAACGCUCGAGCCGCUGAACGGAAAUUAAAAUAAACAAACGUAACAAGCGGAGAGUCGGCACUGAAGGACUGCAACUUCAGCGUGGGAAUGGCGUCUUCCAACAACUCGAGUGCGGUGCUGCUACAGGCGUCCAAGACCAAGACAAAGAAAAAACAUUUUGUCCAGCAGAAGGUGAAGGUGUUCCGGUCGAGUGAUCCUCUGCUUAGUGUGUUCAUGUGGGGUGUGAGCCACUCGAUCAACGAGCUGAACCAGGUUCCAGUGCCUGUGAUGCUUCUGCCUGACGACUUUAAGGCCAACAGCAAGAUCAAAGUGAACAACCAUCUUUUCAAUAAGGAGAACCUCCCUGGGCACUUCAAGUUUAAGGAGUAUUGUCCCCAGGUCUUCAGAAAUCUUAGAGAACGCUUUGAAAUCGAUGACCAGGACUACCAGGCCUCCCUGAUACGUUGCCCCCCCUUUUCUGCCUCUAAUGGCCACGGAGAGGGGCUGUUCCUCACGUCCUUUGACAAGACCCUGGUGAUUAAGCAGAUUUCCAGUGAAGACGUGGCUGAUAUGCACAGCAUCCUGUCUGACUAUCAUCAGCACAUCGUCAAAUGUCACGGCAGCACCUUGCUGCCCCAGUUCCUGGGUAUGUACCGUGUGACCGUGGACAGCGAGGACACCUACAUGCUGGUCAUGAGGAACAUGUUUAGUCAUCGGCUUACGGUGCACCGAAAGUAUGAUCUCAAGGGCUCCCUGGUAUCCCGUGAAGCAAGUGACAAGGAGAAGGUAAUUAAAAUAAAUAACAUACAGGAGCCUCCAUUUUGAUACAUUAUUAGAAUG